CCGGGUCGAUGCGGGACGAGGCGGCCGGGCCUGGCUGUUUGCUCCUUGCCCUCCUCGCUGCCCUGGCAGUGUGUUUGAGGGGAGCUCUGGAUUCCUCACAGUCCUCCUGGGAGAUGCAGAAGUGGCCUUUGGCAGCCUGGGGCAUGUUGGAGCUGUCCUGUAAGAGCACGUGGGAAGUCCAAGAAGGGAGCAUGGACCAGCCCAGUGGAAGGAGUUUCAUGCAAGUUCUCUGUGAGAAAUACAGCCCUGAAAACUUCCCGUACCGCCGUGGCCCCGGCAUGGGGGUGCACGUCCCAGCAACUCCACAGGGCUCACCCAUGAAAGACCGCCUGAACCUGCCGAGUGUGCUGGUGCUGAACAGCUGUGGCAUCACCUGUGCCGGGGACGAGAACGAGAUCGCCGCCUUCUGCGCCCACGUCUUCGAGCUCGACCUCUCCGACAACAAACUGGAAGACUGGCACGAGGUCAGUAAAAUUGUGUCCAACGUUCCCCACUUGGAGUUUCUAAACUUGAGUUCCAACCCUCUCAGUUUGUCCGUUCUAGAGAGAAGUUGCGCUGGGUCCUUCGCUGGCGUUCGCAAACUUGUGCUCAACAACAGCAAAGCUUCCUGGGAAACAGUGCACACCAUCCUGCAGGAAUUACCUGACUUGGAGGAGCUCUUCCUGUGCCUUAACGACUACGAAACAGUGUCUUGUUCUCCUGUUUGCUGCCAGUCUCUCAAACUGCUCCACAUAACUGACAAUAAUCUUCAAGACUGGACUGAAAUUCGAAAACUGGGAAUUAUGUUUCCAUCCCUGGACACACUUAUUCUGGCUAACAACAACCUCACCACCAUCGAAGAGACAGAAGAUUCCCUGGCAAGGCUGUUCCCCAACCUGAGAUCCAUCAACUUGCACAAAUCAGGUCUGCACUGCUGGGAAGACAUUGACAAGUUAAAUUCUUUUCCCAAGCUCGAGGAGGUGAAGCUGCUGGGAAUUCCUUUGCUGCAGUCCUACACCACUGAGGAGCGCAGGAAGCUGCUAAUAGCCAGGUUGCCAUCCAUCAUCAAGCUCAACGGGAGCAUCGUUGCCGAUGGGGAGCGAGAGGACUCGGAGAGAUUCUUCAUCCGAUAUUACAUGGAGUUCCCGGAGGAGGAGGUGCCAUUCAGGUAUCACGAGCUGGUCACCAAGUACGGGAAGCUGGAACCCUUGGCAGUGGUGGAUCUUCGGCCUCAGAGCAGCGUGAAGGUGGAGGUUCACUUCCAGGAUAAGGUGGAGGAGAUGUCCAUCCGCCUCGAUCAGACUGUGGCAGAGCUGAAGAAGCACUUAAAAACUGUGGUGCAGCUGUCCACGAGCAACAUGCUGCUCUUCUACUUGGACCAGGAGGCUCCCUUCGGUCCCGAGGAGAUGAAGUACAGCUCCCGAGCGCUGCACUCCUACGGCAUCCGGGAUGGGGAUAAAAUCUACGUGGAGCCCCGAAUGAAAUAA